GACGACGUGUCAUUUUCACUGUACGCGUUGCAAUAGAAGUGCCAACAGAGUUUACUACGGUAUUGGAAUCGGAUUGGAAAGGCCAAUAGGUUCUACUCAAAGUUCGUGAAUCCUCAAUCCGUUUCGGACGAUAACCAAUUUAUUUUGUGAAUUAAGAUACACACAGAAGUUCAAAGAAAAUGCCACCAUCCCCAAGCUCGACGAAUGUUGGAUCAGGAGGCCGAUCCCCUAGCAAGGCGACCGCUGCCCCUCGUUCGUCAACUGGCGGUACUGUGAGGCAACGUAAGACCACGACCACCACCGCAGCCAGGAGCCGUACCACAGGCGCUGGCUCCGGUGGCAUGUGGCGAUUCUACACUGAUGAUUCCCCUGGCGUUAAAGUUGGCCCAGUUCCAGUGUUAGUGAUGUCUCUACUUUUCAUCGCAUCAGUGUUCAUGCUUCACAUUUGGGGAAAAUAUACCAGAGCAUAAUAUGUAAACUUUAUGUUAAGUUCUACUUUAAUUGUGCGAGAGGAUGGAUGAACUGUUAAGUGCUCUUGUACUGGGAGAUUAGGUUUAAUUAUCAAUUAUUUAUCUAAUGUUUUAUAUUAAUUCUGAAGUAAAUAUAAGAAACAAA